GGGGGAGCGGUCGCCUUUUGCCUUUUCCGCAUUUAAAGCCCGCGCCCCCUCCCGUCUCAUGACAGAUCCUGUUGAAAGCCAAAGUGGAAGAGCAAAAUUUUCAAAGGUUGCAUGAAUCACUACGCAGCGAAACAAAGUAUCCGGACAGUUCUACUCACCAAACUGUUCAAAGUUGACUAUUAAACUUCUUAGUUUAAGCAUUAUGACAAAGGAAGAAUCUUACAGGGAAGAAUUUAGUUAUGAUAGGAUGCUAACUUUGGAGCGUGGAAGACAACAGAAUGGAAGUUAUGUUCCAGAUAUUAAAUCUAGCAAUCUUCAGCUCUCCAAAAGAUUUCAUCCUUGUUUCUUUUAUAAAACAUGGAUUUAUUCAUUGCUGAUGGGGACUUGUAUUCUUAUUACCUCUGGAUUUUCCCUUUAUUUGGGGAAUGUUUUUCCAGCUGAAAUGGAUUACUUGCGCUGUGCAGCAGGUUCAUGUAUUCCCUCAGCAGCAGUGAGUUUUGCCAUAGCCAGAAACAAAGCUAAUGUGAUACCCGAUUUUCAGUUUCUAUUUGUUUCAACAUUCGCGAUUACAACAACAUGUUUAGUCUGGUUUGGAUGCAAGCUUGUCUUAACACCUACAGCAAUAAAUAUAAAUUUCAACCUGAUUCUCCUGAUUCUGCUAGAGGCUUUUAUGGCAACUACUGUAAUAAUAUCUGCUAGAUCUAAUGAGGAAUGCUGCAAGAGAAAAAGAACAACUAUUUAUGAUAAUACUAGCACACUGAAUAAUAUCAGCUUCCCUAUACGGAUCCUAAAAUCCUAUUCGGUAGUAGAAAUAAUUAUUGGAAUUUCUGCUGUGUUUGGAGGAAUAAUUGCCUUGAAUAUGGAUAUACUAAUCUCAGGCCCGUACCUUUCGGUAACUUUUUUUUGGAUUUUAGUUGCUUGUUUCCCCAGUGCUAUUGCAAGUCAUGUUGCUGCUGAAUAUCCAAGCAAAUGCUUGGUGGAAGUUCUUAUUGCCAUAAGCAGUGUUACAUCUCCAUUGUUAUUCACAGCUUCAGGAUACUUGUCUUUCAGUAUAAUGCGCAUUGUGGACAUGAUUAAAAAUUAUCCACCAACAGUUCAACAGUCUUAUGAUGUGCUGCUCUUGCUUCUAAUGCUGAUGCUAUUAGUUCAAGCUUUUCUGACAACUGGGACAGUCAUACUAUGUGUAAAUUUUAAAGCAAAAAUGAAAAUGCAUGAUUCAUUGUGGGCAGGGCCACCACCAAACAAACAGGAAUACAAAACAACAGAGGUCUCCAAUAACAGCAUGAAGGACUUUGAUAAAGAGAAAGCUUGGAAAGCUGUUGUAGUGCAGAUGGCUCAGUAAUCUGCACUUGGGGGACUGAACCAGGGACAUGUUAGGGCAAAUUAACAUUUGUUAUUUAAAAGGGCUGUGGUCUUAGACACAAAGCAACUAAUUUCAUAGCAGCUCCGUUUACCAGAAUGGCUUGAAAACAAUUCUUGUGUCAGAAUAUGAUCAAUAAAUAAUAACAUCCUUUAAAAGUAAUACAUAUUGUUAUGAUAGUUUAUGUAUUUGAUUUAACAUCUUAAUUUCAGUGACUUUAUUUGCAAACUGAUUUUACAGCAAUGUCAUUAUUAAUUAAAUAUUUUGACUAUAUGAACAAUUAAUGCAAAUAACUAUGAAUUAGUUUUGUUUAUGGCAAGAGACUAAU